UCUUGAGUGGGACUUCACAGAGUAAGACAUUCUGAGUGAAAUUCAAUCGUUUUCACUCAUCAGUCGAAAAGAUUUUCAAUUUUUACGACAAAUUCUAUAAGUUUUAUGUUUUUCCCUUUUAGUGGAUUUUUUUCCACUAAAAAAAAUUGUUGAAAAGUGUAAAGUGCUAUUUAUUUGUGUUUAUCGGAAUUGUAAUAUCCCCACGCCGACAACAUCGAAGUGAUUUAAUUAAGUUUUUACUGAGACUGUACGUCACAAAGAGCUUCAUAUGUUCUCGUCUCUCUCGCACUGCAGAAGAAGCCAAGAACAAUAUUUCAGUACCCACUGUAGGGUCUCACUCUUCACUUUCCCGCUAGAAGAUGAUCGUCCCUAUAGCCAGAGCCCACGACAAAUGGACGCAGUACGCAAUAAUCGAGUUGCAAGGGGACCUGGAGGCUGCCUCCUCAGACCCAGAGAGUGGCCAGUUCAUGGGUGAUCUUCACUACACCAAGACUGGUGUUCCCAUAAUGAUUCUGGGAAUGCACAUACUUCAGGGUAAGGAGACAUCUCUGGCGAAGCCAAUGGCAGUAUUUGAACAAAAUAAAAAUGAGGGUGAAGAAUUGAAGUAUCUGAUCAAGGGGAUGAUCACGAAGAAGCUGACGUUUCGAGGAAGACCGAAACCCAUCGUCACAGAUGUUCCUCUUUCGAGAUAAUUAUCAACUCAAUGCACUUGGAUUUUUCACACUUUAACAUGAGACUGGAUUCCACCAAGUUCAAUCGCUCAAUGAGGAGACACUGCCUAUUUCAGAAGGUUCAGUUUGCAGGAUAAGAAAUUUUUCAUUACACCAGAGGAGAAGGAAAUAGAUUUAAGAGUUAUUUUUAUUACAAAUGAAUUAUUUAAAUACAAA